GCCUUUGCCACAGCCAGAGCCGCGCCACUCCCCUCCCGUGUGAGCUUGGUGUGACAACUGAUACACCCUCAACUUCACGCCUUCAUCAUUUCGCAUGCAACGGUUGUCAGAAAAUAACUCGGGUCGAUGUGAGCAAGCUCGGGUAGUGUCCUUUCUCGCGUUCCCCUUUGAGAAUUCUUGAAAACUAACUUCUACGCACGCCGCGUGAAUGGAUCACCCGAAGCUUGCGCCCGUGAAGGUGAAACCGCAAUGUGCGGAAGGCGACGCAGCAGACGCGGCGUCAACGCAGCUGAACGAGCAAAGCGACUCUGCUCAGCCGCUGUCGCCAACGGCUCGGUUCUUCUUGUCGGACGUGUUCUACACCACCGUGCUGUGCGCGCUGGAGUUUAAAGACCGCCUGGCGAUCGACGAGCUCCGGACGAUCCUCUCGGAUACCCUUUUGAAGCAUCCUCGGUUUCACAGUCGCAUGGAGAAACGUGGCUGCAACGGCGGCGAGCAGGUGUGGGUGCGCACGCAAGUCGACUUGGCCUACCACGUCGUGGAAGGCACAGAAUCCGACCAAUGUGACAGUAACGAGGGAGCAGGGGGCGCGGAGGAAGCUGCAAGACCGGCAGAAUCAAGAAGCGCGGAGUCGGAAUCGCCGUGCUGCGAGGAGGGGAGUGUGGAGUGGCACAUGCGGCGCCUGCAGCAUAUGCCACCCUUCGACCCCUCCCACCCUCUCUGGCGCGUGCACCUGGUGUCUCUGCCCCACGGCCGAUCUGCUGCUCUCUUCCGCAUCCACCACUCCCUGGGCGACGGCGUGUCGCUCAUGUCCCUCCUGCUGGCCUGCACGCGCCGCACCGACGACCCCGCCCUCCUACCCACCAUCCCCGGCGCCAAGCGCCAGAGCCCCUCCCAGCCGCCCGUUCAAGUCCCCGCGGGAACGGCAGCAAGCGGGGUUGAUGACGAGAAGCAAAGGAGCAAGCAAGGUGGCUCAAAUGGAGACGCUGGGGAGGAGGAGAGCAGUGGAGGGUUGGUGGUGAGUGAAGAGCUUCAGGAGCAGCUGGUUGAUGCGGAUCAGACUGAGGAAGAGAACUUAAAGCCAGGCCAGCCGCAGGGUCAGCUGCACAUGCCGUCGGCAGCGUCGGCGUUCACCCUUGACUCGAUGACUGCUUCGCCCUUCACCCCGCAGCCAGACGGGCUGACAGAAGACACGCCCACAGCAGCACAGGCUGCAGCAGGGGGGGGUGCUACCAGGGAGGAAGGGGCAGGCAGUGCGGUGGAGAAAGGGGGAGGGCGAGGGGGGGUGAAGGGGGUGGUGGGGGUGCGGAGGAGGGCGUGGCAGGUGGCGUUGGUGCUGGGGAACACUCUGUGGCACGUGGCGGCUUUCAUGGCUGUGCUGAUGUGGCGCGCUGACACCGACACGUGUGUGAAAAUGAAGGGGAAGAAGGGGAAGAAGGGAGGAGGUGCGGUGGUACAGCAGCCGGAUGGGGGGAGAGGAGGGGCGGAAGGUGGGGGAGGAAAUGGGGGGGGAGAGAAUGGGGGGAGGUUUGUGUUUGGAGUGAGCGGGCCGCUGUCCCUGAGUGACAUUUCGAGGGUCCGAAGAGCCUUUGGUGCAACCAUCAACGACGUCUCGGUGACGAUCAUCUCAGGCGGGCUCGACCGCUACCUGCAGCACCACCACGCCCAGGCUAAGGAGGCAGGAGAGCCUGCCCCAGUCGUCACCUCCCCGCUGCCUGCCUCUGUUCGCCUCAGUGCGCUCUGCCUUGUCAACAUCCGCCCCACGCCUGGACUUCAGGAAAUGGCUUCAAUGCUCGCUGGCCGCUCCAAGGCGCGCUGGGGCAACUGCCUCGGCACGUUCCUGCUGCCCUUGCCCGUGCACUCGCCCUCGCUCACCAAAGGGCUGCCGAAUACGGAGGGGGCAAAUGUGAAGAACACUGACGAAAAUGCGGCAGGGGAGGUGGUGGGGCGGCUUAAGAGCAGCGAUGAGCAGGCAGCAGGGGAGGUGGAGGGGCGGCGGCUGCGCAUGGUGGCGGCCAUGUGUGCGUCCAAGCGUCAGUCGCUGGAGGCGCAUUACAACUAUGUCAAUGCACGCCUCGUGCUCGCCACUGCUGGCAUGAAGGCAGCGGGAGCACUGAUGCACCGCCUGUGCCAUCAGACCACCAUUUCGUUUUCCAACAUGAUGGGGCCUGUGGAGGAGGUCAGCUUGGGCGGCCAUGCCAUCGCCCGCAUCAGCCCCACCGUUGUGGGGCAGCCGCAUGCGCUCACUCUGCAUUUCCAGACGUACAACGGCUCGGCGCACAUAGUGCUGUCAGCUCUGAGGGAGAAUGUGCCCGAUCCGGCCUUUCUCCUGCGCUGCUGUGAAGACGCCUUCCAUGCUCUCAAGGCAUCGUUGAAGUAGUGUGGGAGUGGGAGAGGGGUCACGUGAGAAUGGGAAAGAAUCUUCCACUUCUUGCUCACCCCGUUGCUGAGUGAACUUGUGUCAUACGGCAUGCAGAAGACGUUUGUUAUGGACCUUACAAAGCAUUCCAUUGCUUGCAGAAGCUGCGGGGAUUCUUUUCCCCUUGUGUUGUGUCGCUGCUCAAUGAGGAAAAUGAGAAGAAUGCAUUCAAUCGGAGUAACAAUGUACGGUACUGUUGAGGUUCACAUCACCAAUUUAGCUGGCGCUUGCUGGUGGAGUAUUUAGAAUCUAGCUGCGAUUGUUGAACAAAUAUCUAUUCCAUCCUCAAUGGCA